GAAAAGAAAAGAAAAGAAAGAAAAGAAAAAAAGAAAGUUCCUCUCAUCCUUUGAACUGAAGGAAGAGAAGAGUUGAAAUGUCAUAAAAGGUGAGAAGUGUACAUAGACACUAAUAUUGAAAGAUGGUCAAGGGCUCAAAGAUUGAAGGAGAAAGAUCAGAUGGUAUAUGGAGGCAAGGGAGCUACCACUGACCUCUGCAACUGCUUUUUUUUUUUUUUUUUUUUUUGCCCCAAAGGCUUCAACCAUGCUGAAGUAGCCUCCAUAUCAAGUAACUAAUCUCUAAAGAAAGGGAAGAUCUCUCUGUGGCACAUAAGGAAGAAAGGAUGGUAGAGGGAUAGAGACUUAUUGCUAUUGCUUCUGCCCUGAUUUGCUGAGGAUGGCAAACGUAGCAAUCUUUUUCUCUUCUCUUCCCUCUAUCUUGUCGAAUAAGCUUUUCCAAAAGCCCUUCCAAGAUUAUUUCUAUUUCUUUAGUUUAUGUUACAUUUCUGUCCACCUAGUCUCUAAAAGUGUAUGAUAAAAGUAACCCAAGUUAACCCAAGUUACUGAUUUGUAUGUAUUUUAUUUCAUAGAAUCAUAGAUUUACAGCUAGAAGGGAUUUUAUUGAUAAGUCCAUUUUACAGAUGAAGAAACUGAGACAGAGAGUGUGACUUACUCAGGGUUCAUAAUUAGUAAGUACCAGAGGCAGGAUUUUAACCCAGGUAUUUUUGUUUCAAAGAGGAGGAAAAUAAUAUGAGGAGAGAGAAAAGAGAAGAGACUGAAAGAGAGAGAGAAAAGAAGAAAGAAAGAGGGAGGGGAGCAGCAAUAGUAAGGCAGGGGAGAUGAGGAGCUGAAAGGGAAUGGGAGAGGAAAGAAGGGGAAGGAAGGAAAGGGGAGGAGAAGGGGGAUUUUUUUUUUCUAAUUUGCUAAAAGUUUUCAUCAGCUAGGGACUUAAAAUAAACCACAGUUUUUCAUUGAUAACUAUUUUUAAAGCUUCCCCCAAAUCAGGAAAAAGAUGAAUCUGGACAGACCUAGACAAAAAUGAAUCAGCUGUUAUUUUAGAAGGAGAAGACUUGGUAAAUAGGGAACUGAGUCACUUCCCUUAGAAGCAGUGGUCUCAGACAAUUUCCCACCAAUUAUUCCCUUUAAAAGUUGGUUAAAAGGGCUUAUUUUCCCUCCCUGAGAGGUGGCAUAGAGGGGAUUUAAUAAAGAAAAAGUCAUGGAAUUACCCAAAGGAAGGAGUGAUGAAAGAAUGUUUUACCCACAUAAAGGAGAAGAGUCAGAAGGAGUAGCUAGUGCUCUCCUUCAGUCAAACUCUAUAUCAGUAACAACUAAUGGUUUAUGGAACCUACAAGUAAAUCAUUAUACCAUAAGUAAUAAUAAACUAGGUGUGGCACUUUUAGGGAGGCUGAAUUUGGUGAGAAUAGAUCUAGUUUGGGAGUUCUGUAGAAACUCUUAACAUAUCCAAGAAGUAAUAAGGAGUCAUUGAAUUUUAUUGAGCUGGAGUGAUGAGCAAAGUCAGAAUUAUGUUUUAAGAAGACUAGUUUGAUAGCUAACUGGAGAAUGAACUAAAGUAAAGAAAGCAGGGAGAUCAAUCCAUAGUCUAGGCAUGAAGUGAUAAGAUCUUUCUCCAGCAGUGUCAAAAGAGAGAAGUGUAUCUCUUGUACCAUUGGACAUGAACUCAGAAAGACCCGAGUUCAAGUCCAGCCUCAGAUAUUGACAUUUAUGACAACUAUGACUCUUGUUGGAGAUAUCAAUAGCACCUACUGUGAGGAUAAAAUUAUAUGAUAUUUGUAAAGUGCUUUGCAAACCUUAAAGCUAUAUAAUGGGAAGCUAACUAUUAAGAGGGAACUGGGACUUGACAAGAUUGAAUAUGGAGAAUGAAUGACAAUACAAUUUCAAGGCUGAAUAACUUCACCAGCCCUGAAGUCUGGAGGACCCGAGUUCAAAUCUGAUCUCAGACACUUAACACUUUUUAGCUGUAUGGCUUGGUAAGUCACUUAACUCCAAUUGCCUCAGGGAAAAAAAAAAAAAGACUGAAUAACUGGCAAGAUACUUGUGCCCUUCACAUUCUUCUUUACAGUGCACUCUGGACUAUCUUUACCAAGCCUCAGAACCCUAUUCAUCCUAGAUGUUUCUUCCAGCCCAAGAAUUCAUGCAAAGAAAAUUCCUUCCAUCACUGUGAGACCUUUUUUUCUAAUUAGAUGGCUUCUGCAAGAACUUCCAUUUAAGGAAGGUGUCCAUGUCAGCCAUGUCUUCAUUCCUCUCAGAUUGCACUCUAGGCUUUCUCUACCAUGCCCUUAUACCCAGCAGCCUUGUUUUUUUGAACUUCCUAAAGUUAUGUAUAAUUUAAACUUCUUGGAAACAGGGAGAGGCUUCUUUCUUCUUGUAUUAGUCUUCCCAGGUUCUGGCAUAACAGUAGCUAACUUGUUAAAUGUUUAUUGACUUACUGAUAAUAAUAGAGAAGUUCUGAAGAGAGGAAUGUUUGGAGAGAGAAGGUGAAGAAUUCAAUUUUGCAUAAGGUGAGUUUAAGAUGCCAGCAGAACAUCCCUAGAGAAGCAAGACUGGAGAUGAAAAGAGAGAUGAGCUAAAUAAAUAGGUCUGAGAUAAUUUGCAUAAAAAUGAUACUUUUAUUCAUAAGAGCUGAUGAAAUCAUCCCAAAAAAAGUAUAUAGAGGCAGAAGAGAAGAGGUGGGUGAUGGUGGUAAAGGGCAAAUCUCUCUGCCCCAUGAUAUGGAUUUGUGGUGUACAGGAAGGUACCCUUAAACACUGAGGGUACCAUAUCACAGCUUUUAGAAUGGCUAAUAUGACAGAAAAAUAAAAUGCUAAAUGUUAAAGAUGAUGUGGGAAAGUUGGGAUACUAAGGUAUCGUUGGUGGAAGUGUAAACUAAUUUGCUGUAGCCUUGAUGUUUCUGGAGCAUUCCUGUUCAUGAUUAAUUCUUUACAAGAAAUCUACAGUGAACUACAAAUCCAUGAUGUUUUAGAUCCAGGAGUUGUCCCUUAAAAAGGUGUGUGUUGGAGCGAGUGGAGGAGAAGGUAAGGAGAGGCAAAUCAUGACAUUUAUGUUCUUAAUUCUUCUGUUCAGUCAUUCCUUUGGAAAACUGUUACAUUGUUUUGUCUGUAAUUUGUUUCAAUUUUAGUUUUCUUUUCCUACUUUAGUUCUGUGCCUAUAUUGUGUUUCUACAUUGUUUUUUUUUUUUUUUAAACCAUGUUUCAAUUUUAGUUUUCUUUUCCUACUUUUGGUACUGCAUAUAUUUUGAAUCCCCAAGUUUGGAACUGACCAGUAACAGAGUUGUAAAUCAUUUAUAGUCAUUUAAAUGCUGAAAAUACCUUAAGGACUUUUUCAUCAAUGGAGAGAGAGUGUGCUGGUAAUAAUAUCAGAUGCCAUGAAAAGUUAAUUAAAUAAAUGAAUGAAAAGGUAUUGAAACCCUUCUCAAGACAUGUUUGCUCAUGAGAUUAAAGGCCCAGGUCUAUUGUUUUUAAAAGAAGAGCUAGAUAUUUAUUCCUACUUAGUUUCUUCUCAAUAAAUACUGGUGGAGCCCUACUCCCAAAGCCCAUUGGUCACAACUCUUUCAUUUUCAAAUUUUCUCCCUGUCUUCAUCCUCUCUGCCAUAACUGAGAAGGGAAGAAAUGCAAUAUCCAUCAUUCAUAUGACAUAUAAAACAUAUUUCCACAACAGCUAUGUUGAAAAAGAAAAGAAAAAGAAAGGAAGAAGGAAAGAAAAAAGGAAUAAAAAGGAGGAAGAGGAGAAGAAAAAGAAAAACAAGAACAAGAAGAAAGUGGAGAAAAUAUGCUUUGGUUUCUGUCUCUCAUUUUGGCUUGAAGGUGGCAGCAGCAGGAGUUCUUGAAGCCUCAUCAUGCCACCCAAAGGGAAGAAGAAAAAUGUCAGCAAACAUGCCAAGAAGAAUAAAGAUCCCAAGAACAAAUCUGGGGGCAAAGCUAAGAAGUGGUCAAAAGAAAAAGUUCUUGACAAGCUCAACAAUCUGGUUCUGUUUGACAAAGCAGCAUAUGACAGCUGCAAAGAGGUCUCCAAUUAAAAAUUUAACCACCCCUCAAUACUCUCAGAAAGAAUGAAGAUCUGGGCUUCUCUAGCCCAGGCAGUCCUCUAGAAACUGCUCAGUAAAGGUCUGAUUAAGCUAGUUUCUAAACACAGAGCACAAGUGAUAUACUCAAGGGUGGAGAUACAUACUCCAGAUGCCAAAGAACGUUUUUGUGUAUGUUUUCAAAAAUAAAACAUAUUGGACUUUAAAAAAAAAAAAGGAUGCUUUGAAUCUUCACAGUUCAUUAGUUCUCCCACUUGAGGUGGAUAGAAUUUUCAUCACAAAUUUUUUGGAACUGUUGCACAUCAUUAUAUUCAUGAGUAUAGCUAAGUCUUUUGCAGUUGAUUAUAGUAUCACUGUUACUGUGUAUGUUUUCUAAGUUCUGUUCUCUUCACUUCACAUCAGCUUCCCAAGUUUUUCUGAAACAAUCCCCACACAACAGUAUUCCAACACAAUCAUAUGCACAACUUAUUCAGCCAUCUCCAAGGGGUUAUUUUCUCAGUUUCCAUUUCUUUGCAGCCACAAAAAAAGAGUAUUUUUGUACAUAUACAUCCUUUUUUUUCUAUUAUCUCUUUGGGAUAUAGAUCUAGUUGCAGUAUUUUUGAGUCAAAGGCAUGCACAGUUUUAUGGCCCUUUAAGCAUACUUUGAAUUUAUUUCCCAGAAUGGUUGGACAACAGUACAAUAGUGUCACUAUUUUUCAUAUCUCCUCCUGCAUUUGUCAUUUCCCUUAUCUGUCAUGUUAACCAGUUUGAUGAUAUCAUUGUCUUCCUAAGAGAGAUCAGAGAAAACGGUAUGUAUCCUGGUUUCCCUCUUCCCAUCAAAAAAAGCCCCAGUUAUUUUCUUAGUUUUAUAGAUGUUUGAGAUAUGGUAAAUCAGUUUACUUGUAGCCUAUCACCCCACCACUACCAUCACACUUGGCAGGUAGGAAGGAAAGGAAUAAGCCUUUAGUCCACAGCCCUCUUUCCUAUUCACUUCAAAGGCAGAAAUCUCAGUCCUCCUUGAAAAAGAGUGGGCCCACAUGAAAGAGUGUUCCAAAUCACUAUUGAUCAGAGAAAUGCAAAUUAAGACAACUCUGAGAUAUCACUACACACCUGUCAGAUUGGCUAAGAUGACAGGAAAAAAUAAUGAUGAAUGUUGGAGGGGAUGCGGGAAAACGGGGACACUGAUGCAUUGUUGGUGGAGUUGUGAACGAAUCCAGCCAUUCUGGAGAGUGAUCUGGAAUUAUGCCCAAAAAGUUAUCAAACUGUGCAUACCCUUUGAUCCAGCAGUGUUUCUAUUGGGCUUAUACCCCAAAGAGAUACUAAAAAAGGGAAGGGGACCUGUAUGCGCCAAAAUGUUUGUAGCAGCCCUGUUUGUAGUGGCUAGAAACUGGAAAAUGAAUGGAUGCCCAUCAAUUGGAGAAUGGCUGGGUAAAUUGUGGUAUAUGAAUGUUAUGGAAUAUUAUUGCUCUGUAAGGAAUGACCAGCAGGAUGAAUACAGAGAGGCUUGGAGAGACCUACAUGGACUGAUGCUGAGUGAGAUGAGCAGAACCAGGAGAUCAUUAUACACUUCGACAACGAUAUUGUGUGAGGAUGUAUUCUGAUGGAAGUGGAUUUCUCUGACAAAGAGACUUAACUGAGUUUCAUUGGAGAAAUGAUGGACAGAAACAGCUACACCCAAAGAAGGAAUACUGGGAAAUGAAUGGGAACUAUUUGCAUUUUUGAUUUUCUUCCCGAGUUAUUUUUACCUUCUGAAUCCAAUUCUCCCUGUGCAACAAGAGAACUGUUCGGUUCUGCAAAUAUGUAUUGUAUCUAGAUAUACUGCAACAUAUUUAACAUAUCUAGGACUGCUUGCCAUCCUGGGGGGGGGGGGGGGGGAGGAGGGAGGGAGGGGAAAAAACGAAACAUAAGUGAUUGCAAGGGAUAAUGUCGUGUAAAAAUUAUCCUGGCAUGGAUUCUGUCAAUACAAAGUUAUUAUUAAAUAAAAUAAAAUUUAAAAAAAAAAAAAAAAGAAAAAGAGUGGGCCAUAUCCCAGAUCAGAUAUCUGUCAAUGCCACAAAUAUAUAGAUAUGUAGAUAUAUAUUUAUUGAGGCAAUUGGGUUAAGUGAUUUGCUCAGGGUCACACAGCUAGGGAGUGUUAAGUGUCUGAGGCCAAAUUUGAACUCUGGUCCUCCUGAUUUAAGGGCUCGUGCUUCACUGUGCCACCUAGCUAAAAUGUGUGUGUGUGUGUGUGUG